UAAAGACAUACGCUUAGAAAGGACAAUGAGUUUAGACAGCAAUAUUCAUCCAUUGUUCUGCUAACUGUUAAGCACUUCUCUAUCUCUGGAAUCAUACCCCAGUCACCUGGUUCCUGUGAAUAUGAAAUGACUGCAUCAAGCUGAGGAGAUCAAAACGCUUCACAUGUUUAAAACCUUGUAAUCUUUUGUUAUUUUAGAAGAGCAAAACUUCUAAAGCUCUUGAGAGAUGGCUUUAGAGACAUGUGGAAGCUGUCUGAGUUGUCUGCUGAUACCUCUUGCACUUUGGAGUAUUGUUGUUAACAUCCUAUUAUACUUCCCUAAUGGGAAAGCUUCACAUGCUGCCAGUUACCAGCUUCCCAACUAUGUAUGGUAUUUUGAAGGCAUCUGUUUCUCAGGUGUGAUGAUCCUUCUGUUGGCAGUAAUUCUAAUAACACUGGAGUGUAGCGUGUUCUACCGGUGCUGCCAGAGUGAGAGCUGUAACAAAACGUACAGGAGUUUUAUUUCAAUUGUGCUAACCCUGCUUGGAGUUGCUUUCUCUGGAUAUAGUUGCAUCAUUUUUACCUUGGGAUUGAUCCAAGGUCCCUUCUGCAAUUCAUCACAUGGAUGGGAUUACAUCUUCAAAGACACUGCUGGAGGGUACCUCACAGAUUACCCUGCUUGGUCUCGGUGUACUGAACCUGCUAAUGUAGUGGAGUGGAACAUCAUUUUACUUUCUGUUCUAAUAGCUCUUAGUGGACUGCAGUUGAUCAUCUGUUUUCUCAAAGUGGCUGCUGAGUUGAAACGGACACUCUGUGGAACUUACUCUGUUUUUGUCCAGGCUGCGAUUCUCUGAAAGUGGCAAGGAAAUCUUCACUGCUUCUCCCCCACACCCUAGAGGGAAAUGGCUUCUCCAACAUUUACAAUGGUAGAUUUGGGUGCUGCAAAGACAAAUUAAACCCUUGUCUCAAAUCUUCCUCUCUCAAGCCUCUCUAUUUUGGAUGAAGUUAUUUGAACUGUUUGACAUCUACAUUUUUCUAGUUGUUUCCUAACCUGUCCUGUUGUCCCUGGCAGUGACUCCUCAGUUUUUUUACCCUCCAACUUGUUCUGACAGUAGCAAGGUUUGAAUACCAUGAAACUGCUUUUGUAUUGCUAUCGCCUUCUUUUUGAAUAAACUGCUAUAAAACUGCUAUAGAACUUUUAUACUCCUGUCUGUUUAGAACGUAGGAAUAUUUGUUGUUCCGAAAGGACCUGAUUCAAAUCCCAGUAUCUCAAGAGGGGUUUUUCCCUUGAGAAAUAGUGCACUGGAUGAAGCUAUGAUUUAUAAAUGAAUAAAUUUUAGUUACAGACAGACCAUGAUGGCCAUGAAAGGCAGCAGCCUAUCCUGCUCAUUCUAUCUUGGAACUUAACUGCACAAAGCAGUUACUGAAAAAAGCCUAUCAAGUCUUCCUGCAGGUAAUGUUUUUAGAAAGGCAUCCAGGCCUGAUUGAAAGAGUAGAUACACAUCUCUGAAGUCAGCUGUGCUGAUUAGUACACGUUAAUAGCUGCACUGGGUUUCUUUUUAUUUUAUACUCAGAAGCAGACUUUUUUUUUUUUUUAAUCAAGUAUUAUUUGACUUGAAGGAAUAUAUGGGGGAACCUUGUGAGCACCCAGUGCUAGCUUAUUAAUACCCUUCCAAAUUUCCUGACAUUGCUGCAAUGGAAGGCUACUGUUCUUGACAAUAAUAAUCAGAUAAAAAAGAAUAAUCUGUUUUAAAUAAGCAGCUAAAAAUUCUUUUUAAUCUCUCAAAGAAUUAUGAUUUAAUUCCCAGGGGAAAUUCAGGGAUUCACAAUAAAGUGAACAUAUGGCUCAUUUGCAGCUGCAUGGGCAACAUUUGGCUGUAUUCGGCACUCUGGUUUUCAGAGAAUGAACACCCAGAGGAAAGCGAAAUAUGUACUUCAGACUUGCAUUAAUAUACUUUUCCCUAUUACAUCAGAACUAGCAGGAUUCAGCUGUAUCAGCAUCUAAUAUUAAACACUGUUAGAACUGCAAACUAUACAGUAAGUGGUAGCAGUGGGUAAGAUAUUUAGAAAAAUAGAGUAAUUUAAUUCUCUUUCAGGAGAAUAUUGAAAUUUCACUUUGAUAUUCCUUUACCAGACUGUUUUGAAAAGCUUAUUUCUUCCUGUAGGAUUUGAAGAAUGCAUCUAAAGUUUUAAUUGCUUAGUUUCUAUUAAGUUACAAGAAGUAAUAAAGAAAUUAAUUAUAUUUAAUAAUAGGGUUAGUCUUUUGGCAGACAGUUCAAGGUGGCAUGGAUGUUCAGAGAUGCAUGAUAAAAAGGCACGAUUAUACAGUGGGGACUAUUUCCAACUGCACAUUUGUAUAUGUAUAUGCAUCAUAUCGUAUAUCUACUUAAAUGAUAAUCCCUGGUUCUUAUGGAUUUGUGGGUAUCAUUUGCGGACAGAAGGAAAAGAAAGAAAACUUAACAGUCAGUCCAUACUCCUAUCUAAGAUCUUGGAGAAUCUUGCUGAUUUCGUACCUGCAAACCAUGGAUCUGUUUAUUUUGAAAAUGUUAGAAAUAUUAUGAAAAGGUUUUGUUUAUUUGGAUGAAGAAUAGUAUGUGUGGGGUAGACAUUCAAAGCAGAAACCCUGUAGAACUGCUAAAUAUUCCUAAAGUGAAUGGCACUAUUUCACUGAGGAAAGCAAACAAACAGGGUAUUCUAGUCAGAAUCCAGCUCAGCCACAGGAAAAAUACAGGUUUAUCUUUAGGCAAAUAGGGUCUAUUGAUAUGGAUUUUGCUAUGCUGGCUGAAUGAAGCAAUGAAGUGCCUUAAAAUUACACAUGGAAACUCUUAACACUUGAUCUUGCUCCUGUAUGUGUCCUUUCCACUUUUCAAUAACUUCUGUCUCUGAUCAUGGAAAGCCUUGAGCUUGGUAGGCAGGAGACACAAGAACAGUAUCUAGUUAUUCCAUUGUAGUAUUAUUAGUGGCUGUACCUAACCACUGGCAAGGCUUGGCUGUCUUUAAUUUUUUUUUUUUUUCGCGAUUGUGUGUCUUGUGAAUUUACAUUUCCACUCUACCACAGGCUGAUAUCUCCUGUUUUAGUGGCUUAAAUCAAAGAAAGAGAGGUGUAAUUUAGUUCCUGUUGGACAUAUUGAUUCUGCAUCCCUCUUCAUCUGUCACCCAGAUAUUGGCAUCUACAUUGACAUAGCCAGACCCAGUUGUGACUUGAUGGCGCAGCUUUUAAAUGGGCAGUUUAUUAAUUUGAAAUUGGUGAUAAGUAUACUAAGCACUAACAGUGGGCUGCAUUUAUAAAUUUAACAAAUUGUUUCAUAUGGGGCUUUUGGAUGCAAGACAAAGUUAAACUUGAUCUAAUCAAUUUAAGUCCUGAUUCAAUCCUAAAUAUGUUGUCUCUAACAAGAGGUGCUAUGAACUGGGCCUGGUAGCAAAACCAAGAUUCCUGCAAAGAAUAUUAACUGACUUGGAAAGUAGAAACCAGUGACACUGAUGGUGUUUGAGGCAACAUGACCAUCUGGAUCUCCAGCUGUAGAAUACAGGCCUUACCCUGGUAACAGCAGAGACAAGUGGGCCACAGAGCCAAGAGAAAGCUCACACCGUUCUGGCAUAUGAGAAACCCUUUUUUGAAGAAAUGUUCCUGAAUGUGAAGUGCAUGUGCUGAAAUCCACACGUGAAAUACCUUGGGCACACCUGAAAGAAAACUGCAGAUUUGAGUUUAUAAACUUCUAUAAGGAGUUAAUGCUGAAAUCUAGAAGUAAGAGUUCCAGCAUUAUUUGUUCUUCAACGCCAGUGCAUUUUUGCCAGAGUAUUAUGAUGCUGUGUCUGGAACAGGAAUGUCAUUCAUUUAAAACACUGCAACUGGAAAUAGCUGUAGAGACAGCUGUCAAAACAGAAGAAUGGGCAGCACACUAUAAACACAUAAUUCAGAUGAGGAAAUUAUGAAAUUGUGGGGUUUCAGUUAUACAUCACUCGGAGCUUUUGUUGAGACUUUUUCAUCAGAAUAUUCCAUUUUUGUAUUUUUUUUUUUUCCUUAAGGAAGCUUUUUGAAGUAAAAGAUCAGCUUUAUAUUUUCAACGCAAUUUUGAGGACUUUCAGAACAGUCAUGGAAUUUCAGCAUCCUCAGUAUGAGAAAUGAGGUAUUGUGGUUUAAAACAAUAAAGGUAUAUUCAUGACACCAA